GCCCGAAAGCUUACAACGGCUGGCCGUAACCAAUGGCGGGAUGAGGCGCCGAGCCAGGCCUGUGGUGUUUGCUUUUUGUUUUUUUUCCUUUUUUACCCCCGCCUUUGCCAGUGAACUCAUGAGUGAAAUAUGACAUUCCACCCGUAAAGAAAAGAGGGCGAGGAGGAAAGAGCGAGGGAGGGACGGAGGGGGAAAAUUUAAACCUGCAGGCGACGAACUCCGGGCUUGAACCCUUCCUGGUUUCAGAAUCUGGGGAUCAGAAAGGGCGGGGCUGCGCCGAGCUUUUCUUAAGUUUUCGGCUCUUGCAAAGAAGCCUUUGAGGAGCUCGGCGCUGGGGCAGAUUGCAUUCCUGCCCUCGAGAAGACACCCGAAGGAGGGAGCUGAUCUCAGCGGCCCAGUGUCUCUAGCCUCGCCGCGAUGGAGGAGGACGGUGUGCAAGCGGAGAAGAGCAGCGCGUAUGUUUCCCCAAACUCCGAUGGGCCUCUGGAUGCCAGCAAUCCCAGCCCGGUGCCCUCGGGCAGCCGCAGCCCCAGCUUGCUGCCGCCGGCGCCGGGCGAGGCGAUUCGGGACAGCUCGCAAGUGAACGCCAUCACGGUGCUGACUCUCCUGGACAAGCUGGUGAACAUGCUGGAUUCGGUGCAGGAGAAGCAGCAGAAGAUGGAGCAGCGGCAGAUCGAUCUGGAGGGCUCGGUUAAGGGCAUCCAGAGCGACCUGAGCAAGCUGUGCAAGAACCACACGUCCACCAGCAACACGGUGGCCAAGCUGUUGGAGAAGUCGCGCAAGGUCAGCGCCAACACGCGCGAGGUGCGCGAUCGCAUGGACCGCCAGUGCGCCCAGGUGAAGCGCUUGGAGCACAACCACGCGCAGCUCUUGCGCCGCAACCACUUCAAGGUGCUCAUCUUUCAGGAAGAAAAUGAAAUCCCUGCCAGCGUAUUUGUGAAAGAGCCUGUUCCCAGUAUUACUGAUGGGAAGGAAGAGCCUGUCGAUGAGAACAAAACCUUGGAAGAAACCUUGCACACUGUGGAAUUAUCCUCAGAGGAUGAGUUGCCCCAUGAUGACCUUGCAGAAGACAGCAUGGAUGAGAAAAUAGAGGAGUCCAGAGCUGAGAAAAUCAAGAGAUCCAGCCUUAAAAAGGUUGACAGCCUGAAGAAAGCAUUUUCCCGCCAAAACAUUGAAAAGAAGAUGAACAAGAUCGGCACCAAGAUUGUCUCGCCUGAGCGGAGAGAGAAGAUCAAGAAGUCUUUUACUCCUAACCAUCAGAAGUCUUCUUCAUCAAAAAGCUCGUCUUUCAAGGUCUCUCCCCUGACAUUCAACGUGAAGAAAGUCCAUGAUGGAGACACAUCCAUAGAAGUAGAAGAUAAGCCAGGGGAAGCACCUGGCAGUAAGCAUGCCGCCAGUGAAGAGGGCACCCUCACUUCAGAUCCAAUCUGUUCUUCUUCUCCAGCAGAAGAAGGAAAAGCCUUUGUUGAUUCCUUGGAAAAAGAGUCGGGAAGUGAAGGAGAGGUGGUGAUCAACAACAACAUUGAGCUUGCAAUUGUUGAAGAAGAUGAUUAUAGAGCUUCAUUAGAAAUCAGACAAGAACUUUAUGAGGAAAGAAACAAGCCAAUCAGUGAAGAAAUGGAAUAUUCUGAAGAAUCCAAUCAAGCAGCUGUCCUCCACGUAAACCAAACAGCUUAAAUUGCUUGUGUCCUUUCUACAUAUGAUAUUUUUAAUUAUAUCAGUCACCAGAAUAUGUCCGAAUACUAUAAAUGUGAGGUCUAAUAGUGAAUCACAGUGGAAUUGUUGGUUUUAAAGCAUAGAUUUCCUUACAAACUGUUUCGUUCACUCAGUUAGAAUUGAUUCCCACAGUCAAAAGUAGGGCUGUUCUACAAAUAACAGAACAGCAGAUGUCAUGAGCAACUUUUAACCUCUUUCCAUCAGCACUUCAGUCCUCAUCCUACUUUCUAAUGUUUCUUCUCUUUAACUAGAAUGUGUUUAAAAGAAGUCUUUAAGGCCUUUUGAUAAAAGGCGUUUCCUACAGAGUCUUUUUAAAAUUAUAGUUAAGAAUAUAAGCCGUGCCCUGCUAGAUCAGACCCCAUGCCCCAUCUAGUCCAGCAGAAUAUUCUCUGGCCAACCUACUACAUAAGGAAGCUCAUUUGUCUCCCAGCAGAUUCAGGGAGGUCACACUGCCAUCAAUUCCUUGAUCCCCAAGACCUCCAUGAAUUGAUCCAACCUUUUUUUUUUUAAGCCAGCCAAGCUGGUAGCUAGCACCACAUCUCAUGGUACUGAAUUCCAAAAUGUAAUCACAGGUUGUGUUUAAAAAAAAAGUUCUUGGGUCAGUCCUAAUUCUUCCAAUGUAUUCAAUUUGGUUCUAGUAUUUUGGGAAGAGGAGAAUAGCUUUUCCUUGUCCACUUUAUGCCAUUCAUAAUUUCAUAAUUAAAGAGUUAUUGAAGAUUUGCAUAGAUCCAUGACCCUUAUCCCAAUCUACAAUCAACUCUCAGUGGAGAAGGCAUGGCUAUUAAAUGUUGCAAGAAUGAUCUUAUUUUGUUUCAGAAUCAGAUCCCAUGUUUUCUUCAAUCUAGACUGUGAGCCUUCAUUGAAAAAGAUGGUUUCCAGGAUUCUGCUUGGCUCAUUGUCCUGGAGAAACAGUCUCUUUUGGAGGGAACUGUAAAAUCCAUUGCAGUAUCUUCUUUGCCUGUUAACUUUUUCCUACUAACUGCUUUUUAAGUUACAAUCCAAUUAGAAGCUAAACUCUUUCCCAUCUAUGCCAUAAUAGUAAGACAAUUCAUCGUCUUUUCCUACCCGAUGGAAUCCUCAAAGUUUGUAAUUUCCAUUCUUGAUGUGCUGUGACUUUCCCAGCGCAAAGUAAGAGUGAACUUCAUGUGACAAGAGCUGAUACUGAAAAUGCAGGCGUGAAUUACUGAAAAGUACAGCUUUUGACAGUAUACUUAAACACAUUGUGUGCAGAUACACUGGAAAAGAUAUUUUUAGCAUAUACAAUUGAUUUGGGAAACAAAUUACUAUGAGGAGGCUGUACCUCAACAAAAAUAUGAAAAUGGGAUUUUUGCUUCCUUAUCGCUGUUCGGUCCCUUAGUUAAUUAAUAACCGUUGAUACAGAACAAUUAGGCAGUUGAGAUUUCUGCCUAAUAGUGUCUGCAUCAACCUAUUUUGUUUUAUUGACCUUGAAAAUAUUCCUUUAUUCGCCUUAGCUCCUUGCAAGAUGAGCUUUAGUUUUGUUUUGUCCUU